GGAGGGGAAAGGGCGCGGCUCCCGCGCUAUUGAAAGCCCCAACGCCAAGAACCCUAACUGCUCACUGCUGCGCUGCCGUCCACCGACGCAUUCAUCGCCGGCGAUCACUAGCAGAGGCACAAGAGGAGGAGAUCCCCUGGAGUUGCUUCCAAAUCCGCUGGGUGGAUUUCAGAUGAUCCAAGCCAUUUCUUGAUUUCGAAGGAUCAGAUUAAGCAGGAAUGGAAAGGUACUUUAAACCUAUAAAAAAAACUUCUGGGACCAAAGGGGAUGUAGCAGAAGAUGAGAAUCCUAAAGCAGAGGUAGCAAAGAAACCUCGUGUAGGUAUUGUUCUUAAUCUGGAUGAUGUUGUUGCUGAUCCAGGCCUCCGUAGGCCUAUUGAGGAAUAUGAUGUGGGAAUCAGAGAUCAGGUGAGAACAAAAUAUCUGCUUAUGGGUCCAUGUCAACCAGCCGGUCACAAAUUUCCUAGGAAGCAGCAGGGAGAUGGUUCAAGGAGUUUUAUCGAAGCGUGGUUCAAGAGGUUUGAUUGAUUGGAAUACAGUGUGGAGAAAGAUGCAGCCUAUUGUUUUUACUGUUAUCUCUUUAAGAAGCCUGGGGUUGGUAAAUCUGGGAGUGAUGUCUUCUCGAAAUCUGGUUUCCAAAACUGGAAGAAAGCAUCAGAAUCCUUUGCCGGGCAUGUUGGUGGAGUUAACAGUAUUCACAAUAAUGCAAGGCGGCGUUGUGAGGAUUUCAAAACAUCAAGACGAAUCGCAACUCCUGAGAGACCUUGCAUGAAUGCUAUUUUGGAUGUUGCAAGACUUCAUCUGAAGUUGGGUAUUGCCUUUUGUGGACCUGAAGCCAUUCUUGGAAAUAAAGGAAAUUUUCUGGAGAUGCUUGACUGGUUAAGAAGUUUUUCUGAGUCUGUUGACCAUGCAUUUAAGGAACAUGCUGUUGUUUUCAAUGAAAUGACUUCUCCAGAGAUGCAAGCUAUUUUCGUAAAAUCAUGUGUAGAAAUGACCACACAGGUCAUUGUUGAUGAGAUUGGAGAUGGUUAUUUCUCGGUACUUAUUGAUACGCCUCACGAUACACUGAUGGUGGAUAGAAUGUCUGUUAUUGUGAGGUUUGUUAACCGCCAAGGGCAGGUUAUUGAAAGAUUAAUUGGAGUGGAGUAUACUACUGGUGAUACAGGACCUUUGAUGAAGUUAGCUUUGGAUGGUUUGUUUGCUCGUCUUGGUCUAUCUAUUUCUAAACUAAGAGGGCAAGGAUACAAUGUAGCCUCAAAUAUGCGAGAAGAAUUUGAUGAGCUGAAGUCAAUAAUUCUGAAGGAAAAUCCACACGCUUAUUAUAUCCACUGUUUUGCCAACCGGUUCCAGUUGGCGGUUGUAUCCAUUGCACGGAGCAAUAAAGUUGUUGGUGAUUUCCUCUAUUAUGUCGAUAAGAUUGUUAGGGCAGUGGGUGAUUCUUGCAGAACCAAGGAUGCAAUGCUUCAAGAGCUAUAUGGAAAGAUUAGGGAAAAAAUAGUCAGAGGUGAUGCUCUACCUAAAAUUGGAAUGCACCCAGAGAAUGACCUUUCAGGUCCUGCUCAUACACGUUGGGGCUCGUACAGUACAACUUUACUCAAUCUACUUACAAUGUGGGAUGUAGUGUUGGAUACACUAGUGACUAUGUGCGACAAGGGUAUUUAUCCUGAACCAGGAAGUAUACCAUCAGAUAUGAUAGAACAAAUGGAGAGCUUUGAAUUUGUGUUUGUCUUGCAUCUAAUGAUACGUGUAUUGAUCUGGACUGAUGAUUUGUCAUGUCUGCUGGAACGUAAAGGUAAAUACAUUGUGAACCCAUUGGAGUUGAUCACUUCUGUGAAAAAUAUUUUGCAAGACUUAAAGGAGAAUCAGUGGGUUGACCUUUUAGAAGAAGUAAAGAGAUUUUGUAUUCUGAAGUCUAUUCCGGUGCCAAGUAUGGAUGAUAGCAUACCAGUUAGGGGACGCUCGAGGCAUAGGGGGCUAGUUGUUACUUGUCAUCAGCAGUAUUACGUUGAGACUUUCAUUGCUUUGAUUGACUUGGUAACUUCUGAUAUGAACAAUAGGUUCAGUAAGACUUUUAUGGAUCUAUUGAGAUGUUUUGCUUGCUUUGAUCCAGAUGACUCUUUCUCCCAAUUUGAUGUGGACAUGCUUCUCAGUCUUGCUGAUAUUUACUCUGCUGAUUUCUCAAUGACUGAUCGUGAAAUUCUCAGAGAACAACUUCACAUGUUCAUUAUCCAUGUCAGAAAUACUGCUGAUUUUUCAAGCUGCAAUGAUCUUGCAACUCUGGCCCUGAAGAUGGUCCAAACUGAAAUGCAUGUAGCAUUCCCACUGGUUUAUCGACUCAUUGAAUUGUUAUUGGUUUUGCCAGUAGCAACACCAACAACUAAAAGAGCCUUCUCAGCAAGGAACAUCUUUGAGGAAGACUUUUGUGAUAACAGAAGUGGUGACUGGUUGAGUGACACGAUGUUAUGUUGUGUUGAGACAGAGAUUUUGGCAGGGAUUAAAAAUGAAAAUAUUUUACAGCAUUUUGAAAGAACGAGGAGCAAAAGAAAUUAAGCCAUCUUAGUGGUUGCUUUUGGGCAUUUGGCUUUUCUUCAAGAUGGUGAAGGUGGGUCAUGAUGACGUGCGUAUAUACACUGUUUUUUCCAUUAAGAGUUUCGCAUGCAAUCCACAGUAAUGAACCGUUCUCACUAAAUGCAUGUCAAAUUACCAUCUUCUCGGUAAGCUGAACUGUGAUGCAGUGGCAACGAUUAUCAAGUGACUUGGUCUGGGAGGAGAUUUCUUAUAAAAAUUAACUGCACAGCUGCUUGAAUUGCAAUAUCAUACAACUGUAAUCAUUCCUUAACUGCAAUUGUUCUUUUUAUUAAAAUAAGUUUUCAUUUAACUGCAAUGAGGUAGUCCUCAACUGCCUUCCUCCCUAAAGCUAGGGUCCAGUCAGCUGAAAUCUUGUUUCUUCAGUCCUUUCCAAAGCUUAGAUCGGUCAGCACUAUGAGUAUUCAUCAUGUGCACUUGUGAACCUUUGGGAUUAUCUAAGUACACAUAAAGAGGCGGCUUUGGUUCCUUGGAAGUUAGAGCAUUGCUUUGUUAUAUGGUCUACUCCCAUCUUGUAGAACUUAUGAUUCAUUGAUCAAUGAUGUCUAGUUCCUCAAUCCUCCAGUUUUUAACCAAAUGCGAAGUUGACUGUUACCAGUUCUGUCGAUUUGCUGAUGUACCCCUUGUCACAUGACUUGGCAUGUUUGUUACCUAAUACCUAUCCUCACCUGAUUUGCCUCCUAAACCAUUUGGUUUAAGGCAGCCCGAAAGAUCAAACCAAACUCACCAUUAGGAUAUUAAAACACAAGCUAUUAAAUGUUCCUCAAAACAAAAUAUUGUUCCCCAACUUGUGCAUCUAUCUGGUGUCUGGAUAGUCUUAAUGCUAUCUCAAGCAGUAUCAUGUCCAUGGCUAAAUUGGCAGUAUCGCGAUGAUCGAUGAGUCAAUAGCAUGGAAAGAGCUGAAGCGCAAGUCUGGUUCGAAUUUUGGUCACACAAAUCAUGUCUUGAGUAGUUCCCUAUGUUUUUGUCCAUCCCUUUUCUUUUUCCUUUUUUCCUUCCUCUUUGCUUCCUUCUGUGUUUCAUUUGUUGUUGAAAAUCUAUUCUCUCUUGGUGCAAAGAUACUCAGCUCUGUUGUGUAUCCUCUAAAGAUAUGGGGCAUUGGGACCUUGCGUUGAUGCUUCAUUUUCCUUUUUAUUUUGUCAUGUUUGUAAAUGUAGAUAGCUUCAGUUCCUUGAUUUGAACAUAAUAUCUCCAUAAUUGACCCAAUCGAAAAAACUUUGAUUCCUGUACUAUAAUCAUGCUACUGAAGGGCUGUUUUGUUUUAAUUUAUU